AUGGGUGUCCCAGCGCUGUUCCGAUGGCUGUCCAACAAAUACCCCAAAAUCAUCUCGCCGGUGAUCGAGGAGCUUCCUUACGAGGUCAACGGGGAAGAGAUCCCAGUUGAUACCACUCGUCCAAAUCCUAAUGGAGAUGAAAUGGAUAAUCUGUAUCUGGAUAUGAAUGGCAUCGUCCAUCCAUGUACUCACCCAGAGGGGAGACCUCCGCCCGCAAAUGAGCAGGAGAUGAUGUUGGAGAUUUUCAAAUAUACCGACCGAGUAGUGAACAUGGUCCGUCCGAGGAAGCUUUUGAUGAUUGCUGUCGAUGGUGUGGCGCCACGAGCCAAGAUGAACCAGCAACGUGCACGUCGUUUUCGCUCUGCCCAGGAGGCAAAAGAGGCCGAUGAAAAGAAGGAGGAGUUUCGGAAGAUGCUUGCGAAACAGAAUGGCAACAAGGCAGAUCAAGAGCUCCAAGAAGAUGUCAUCCAGAAGACAUGGGACAGCAACGUGAUCACGCCCGGUACUCCAUUCAUGGACAUUCUUGCUGCAGCUCUACGCUACUGGAUUGCUUACAAGCUCAACACUGAUCCCGCCUGGGAAAAGCUUAAAAUCAUCAUCUCCGAUGCAACUGUCCCAGGAGAGGGAGAGCAUAAGAUUAUGGAAUUUGUUCGGUCGCAACGGGCAGCUUCGGAACAUGACCCAAACACCCGUCAUGUUAUCUACGGCUUAGAUGCCGACUUGAUCAUGCUGGGACUUGCGACUCACGAGCCUUAUUUCCGGGUUCUACGAGAAGAUGUGUUCUUUCAGGAGUCAAAGGCGCGGACCUGCCACCUAUGUGGUCAAGCCGGUCACAAGGCGGAGGAAUGCAAAGGCCAAGCAAAGCAAAAAAAUGGAGAAUUUGAUGAAAAGGGCAAAGGUUCUUCUCUCAAGCCAUUCAUCUGGCUUAAUGUUUCAGUUCUUAGGGAGUAUCUUGCUGUCGAACUGUAUGUUCCGGGACAGCCAUUUCCUUUCGACUUGGAGCGAGCCUUGGAUGAUUGGGUGUUCAUGUGCUUCUUCGUAGGCAAUGAUUUCCUCCCGCACUUACCUUCGUUAGAUAUCCGUGAGAAUGGCAUCGAUACUCUAAUUGCAAUCUGGCGUGAUAAUAUUCCGGUCAUGGGAGGAUAUUUAACGAAGGAUGGGCAUGUCGAUUUGAAAAAGGCGCAGCUUAUCCUUCAAGGCCUUGCAAAGCAAGAAGAUGCUAUCUUCCGUCGUCGUAGACAAGUUGAUGAAAGGAGGCAGGCGAAUGAGAGAAGGCGCAAGCAAGAAGAAAAGGAGCGUGCCAGCAAGCGCAGAAGAAGCUCGCCCAGCUACGAGGCAUAUGAGUCGCCCAUGACCAGCAAAGGUCGCGGUGGCGGUGAUAUGGCAGCUCCUGAUCAGGUGGAGCUGAUUACACCUGGUCGAGGAGAAUUAUCACGAAAGACCAGAGAGCUAACCCACAGCAUGGUGGUUAACCGCGGCGCUGUCUACAGGGCCAACAUGGCCAACAAAAGUGCCGCUGCUGUUCUCAAAGAAAAACUUAUGAAAGGCUCGCAGGAUAAUCAGACCCCUGGGGAGUCUUCCACCGAUGCUGAUGAACCGUCAGACGAUAAGUCAAUUCAGACUUCGCCGUCCGUUCUAGGAAAAAGAAAGGCCGGGGCCGUUGAAGACCAAGACUAUGAUGGGAAAUCACCCAGCCAGGAUUCGAAGCCCCAACAAGACGACAAUGAUAUGCCCCCCGAUAACGUUCGUCUCUGGGAAGAAGGCUACGCCGAUCGAUAUUACGAGCAAAAGUUUGGUGUGAAUCCACAAGACAAGGAGUUUCGUCACAAGGUCGCACGCGCAUAUGCCGAAGGCCUCGCAUGGGUACUGCUAUAUUACUUCCAAGGUUGUCCGUCGUGGACCUGGUAUUACCCUUAUCAUUACGCGCCAUUUGCGGCAGAUUUCGUGGAUAUUGAUGAUAUGGAAUUAUCCUUUGACAAAGGAAUCCCGUUCAAGCCAUUCGAACAGUUAAUGGGCGUUCUCCCAGCCUCGUCGAAUCAUGCUAUCCCCGAGGUGUUCCACGAUCUCAUGAGCAACCCGAAGAGUGAGAUUAUCGAUUUCUACCCAGAAGAUUUCCCCGUGGACUUGAACGGAAAGAAAUUUGCUUGGCAGGGAGUCGUAUUGCUUCCAUUCAUUGAUGAGAAGCGACUACUGGCUGCAAUGGAGAAGAAGUAUCCCCUCCUCACGGACGACGAGAAACUCCGCAAUUCCGUGGGUCGAGAGGUGUUGUUGAUCUCGGAUAGCCAUCCGUUAUAUCAAGAUCUGGCCGCCAACUUCUAUUCCAAGAAGCAAGGUGCUCCAAAAUAUAGACUCAACAUGCGGGUGAGUGAAGGUUUAGCGGGUAAAGUAGAGCGUAACGAGACAUAUAUUCCACACAGCUCCUUGGUAUCAACUCUCGAGGAGCACGGCAUGCCUACUCUGGAAGAAGAUCGCUCUUUAACGGUCAACUACGAGGUUCCCAAAUCUGCACAUAUUCAUAAGUCCAUGCUGCUUCGGGGCGUGAAGUUCCCUCCGCCGGCAUUAGACAACGCAGACAUCCAAGCGGUCAAGUCCAAAGCCCAGCACUCGGGCCGAUCAUUUGGGGGAGCACCUCUCCGCAAUGGAAACCGGGGUGGUCGUAUUAACUACUCCAGCGAGCGACCAAAUCCCUUUGCGGCGCAUCUGGAUCCCAAUUUCAAGCCUACCGCCAAUGCACCCCAAGGCUGGAUACCUCCGGUGCCUGGGUCCACGGGCUUUUCCAGAGGACCACUGCCACCUCCACGUGGAGGUCACUCGAAUUACCGUCAUCCUCAACAUCAUGAUCGGGGCGCAUAUGGCGGUGGUCCUCCCCAGCAGCAAGGUCAUUACUCGGCGGACUAUGUCCGAGAGGACUACUAUGGUCAGGGUCAGGGUCAGCAGGGUUAUUACCAGCAGGGAUCUCAAUCGCAACACUAUCGUGAAAGGGGCGGAGGGCAUCCCCGAGGGGGGUAUCAAGGCCGGGACCACUAUGGUUCGAGAAAUCCUCCGGGUGGAUAUGGACGCUACUAA